AUGCGCCGCCUCACCCAGACCGCCACAGUGCUUGCUAGAUCCAUGUCCUCGCUCACGCCCGUCCGCACCACGGCUGCGCCGCCGCCUGCGGCCUCAUACUCGCAGGCCAUGCGGGCCAACGGCAUGGUCUUUGUCUCGGGCCAGAUCCCCUACACCCCUGACAACAAGCCCGUCGAGGGCUCCGUCGCCGACAAGACCGAGCAGGUCAUCGCCAACGUGCGCAACGUGCUCGAGGCCUCAAACUCCGGCCUGGACCGCGUCGCGAAGGUCAACGUGUUCCUGGCCGACAUGGCCUAUUUUGCAGAGUUCAACUCCGUCUACGCCAAGUACUUCGGCGAGCACAAGCCUGCGCGCUCCUGCGUUGCAGUGCGUGCGUUGCCGCUCAACGUCGAUCUAGAGAUGGAGGUGAUCGCGCUGGAGCGUGAUUGA